AUGUCAAAUCCGCUAAAAGUUGUCGAUAUCUCGAAACCCACUGCUGAGAUCAGUGGACCUUUGCUGGAAGCAGCUAGACUGCAAGGAUUUUUGUUUGUCGAUGGCCACGACUUCAGUCAGGACGAAGUGGAUGCUUUGUUCGACCUGUCAAAACAGUUUUUCACUGAAACUCCUGCUGAGGUCAAAAGCCAGUAUGCUAUAAAGUCUAACAAUAUCGGCUACACACACUUCACCAAUGAACAAUUGGAUCCUCGCAAGGCUCGGGAUUUCAAAGAAGCAUACAAUUUCGGUAACAUAAACUUCAAGACCGGAGACUUCAACUUGGACGAUUCCACGUUCAACGGUGACUCUCGCACCGGUUCGGACAACCACGAAAACCCAGUUCCCGAGGUUUUUGAAAAACAGCACGAUUUGAUCUCGAAAACUGUUCAGAAACUACACGCCACAGCGACGAGAAUUCUCCAGGUCAUCAGCAUAGCUCUAGAAGUGGAAAACCCGGAAUUUUUCACCGACAGACACCGUCCUGACGAAGCCAGUGGCUGUGUUUUCAGAAUGCUGCGCUACCCGUUGACGAGAAAUGACGAGGUUGACACCGAAAGCUACGAUGCCACUAUCAGAGCUGGUGCGCACACAGAUUACGGUUCGCUAACACUUUUAUUCCAACGCGAGGGCCAACAGGGACUCCAAUUGCAAACCGGGGAUACUCACGACACCCAAAGCGAAGGCUGGGCCGAGGUCCCAUUUGUGGGUUCCCAACACCAGGGCCAAGCUCCUCCACUAGUGGUCAAUUUUGGCGAUUUAUUGUCGUAUUGGACCGCAGGCGUGCUUAAAAGCACUUUGCACCGUGUGAAAUUUGCUCCAGGAGAAACCCGUGAGCGGGAUCGCUAUUCUAUUGUGUUUUUCGUGCAUCCAGAGCAUGCCACGGAGCUCGUGCCAGUGCCCAGUAAACUUGUUGCAGAAAAUUCCAUGGGGAAGACCCCUCCUACCAUCACAGCGGCUGAACACUUGCAACAGCGGCUUCAGGCCACGUACGAGUCCAAUGCGUAA